UGGGGACGAACAAAAUGAUUAGCUCAUUAAAAAUCAACCUGAUCUUAGUUCUGUCGCUGUCCACCAUGGCCGUGCUUUGGUGUUAUCCUGUCCCGUCUUCUAAGGUGCCUGGAAAAUCUGAUUUCCUCCUCAUCCUGCUGAACAGCUGCCCAACCAGGCUGGACAGGAGAGAGGGACUAGCUUUCCUAAAGCCAAUUUUGGAGAAGACGUUUCCGAAAAGGUCCUUUCGCAAUGGAGUUGGCACAGGGAUGAAAAAAACUUCCUUUCGAAGAGCAAAAUCAUGAACAAGUGUGCAAAGGACUCUGGGAAUUAGUCU